AUUCAAAACUCAACGCGCGCGCAACUCAGCAACGGUUCGUGCUCUCGGCAGCGUGUCUAAACUCUCAACGAAAAAAUACUACAUUAUUGGAUGUGGAUGUAUAUCAUGGAAAGGUGUUCAAGAAUCAUGGAUUUCUACUAUCUAGUGAACAGCAUAGUCGCAGGAAGGUUUGCUAAUAUUUUCAGUAUCUUGUCACCUGUUACGGUAUUUAUCCUGCUGGUGACGGUUUAUGCGAUUUUCACCUACAAACGGAAGCGAGCCCGGAUGGUGUAUCAUAUCAACAAGCUGCCGGGACCAUACUCGGUGCCACUCAUAGGGAAUUUACUGCAUGCCACUCUCGGAUGCAAAGAUGAGUUCCUCGAUCGUGUUGUGUGCGCCCAGAAAUUGUACGGACGCCGGAUUGGGAUGAGUCGUGCUUGGAACGGACACAUUCCCUACGUUAUGAUUUCCAAAGCUAGCGCCAUUGAGCCCAUACUAGGCAAUCCGAGACUGGUGGAUAAGAGCGCCGACUAUGACUUCAUGAAACCGUGGCUCGGGAAUGGUUUACUAACAUCACCGGCCGCUGUGUGGCACCCGCGAAGGAAGACUCUGACCGCGGCCUUCCACUUCAAGAUUCUCUCCGAUUUCACCGAUAUCUUCCACAAACAGAGUCUUGUGCUGGUUAAGAAACUGGAGGAGCAGCUGGGGAACACUGCAGGGUUCGAUAUUGUGCCGUACACCACCCUCUGUGCGCUGGAUAUUUUCUGCGAAACCGCCAUGGGUUGUUCUGUGCACGCUCAGCAAAACUCGGAUUCUGAAUACGUUCGAGCCCACAAACAAAUUGGAAAAAUCAUUCGCAAUCGCUUGCAAAAAGUCUGGCUCCAGCCAGACUUUAUCUUCAGGCAAACCAACGAGUACCAGCAGCACCAGAAGUGCCUCGAAGUGCUGCACGAGUUCUCCGAUCGGGUUGUCCGGGAGCGCAAGAUCGAACUGGAGAAACGCCGCCAAGCCCAUGUGGACAUCAACCAGAACGAACUCCCGCUGGAGGAUGACGAAAGUGUGGGACAGAAAAAGCAACUCGCUUUUUUGGAUCUGCUGAUUGAGGGAUCGCUCGAUGGCAACGGCUUGAGCGAUUUGGAUAUCCGAGAAGAGGUGGACACUUUCGUAAUCGGUGGUCACGAUACGACGGCUGCUGCCAUGGCUUGGAUUCUCCUGCUGCUGGGUACCAAUCAAGCGAUCCAGGAUCGCGUGAUUAGCGAGAUCGAUCAGAUCAUGGGUGGAGAUCGUGAGCGACAACCCACAAUGCAGGAACUCAGCGAAAUGAAAUAUCUCGAAUGCUGCAUCAAGGAAACCCUUCGCUUAUAUCCGAGUAUUCCGCUGAUCGCCCGUCGAUUGAAUGAAGACGUUCGAAUUCACGACUAUACCAUCCCGGCUGGAACGACGGUAAUGAUCGUUGUGUACCAACUGCAUCGGGAUUCGACGGUUUUCAGCAAUCCGGACAAAUUUAAUCCGGACAACUUUUUGCCGGAAAACUGCCACGGAAGGCACCCGUAUGCGUACAUUCCGUUCAGCGCGGGCCCUCGAAAUUGCAUCGGACAGAAGUUCGCCAUUCUGGAGGAGAAAAUGGUCCUAUCGACGGUGCUGAGAAAGUUCCGCAUUGAAGCUGUCGAACGGCGUGAAGAUGUUAAGCUGGUGGGAGAUCUUGUACUGCGGCCUCGAGACGGGCUGAAGAUUAGGAUCAGCCGGAGGCUAUGAGAUGUUGGUGUGAAAAUUGUCCAGCACAUAACCCAAAAAGUAUCAGCUUUAUUUUAGUAUGUCGAAUGAUUUGUAAAUAGGAGGACGUUUUCUGCAAAUGGCAAAAAGUAAGAAUUUGUGAAAAAGCUUACAAAACUGUGUAUUUUAAGAUACAAGAACGAGAGACAACGAUUUUUUUUCAAUUUGCUCAACAUUAUCUCAUUUUUAUUCGUUGUUCCUAUGUAUAUAGUUGUAAAACAUGUACUUGCAAUACAUGCUCCUUAAACUGUCAACAAAACAAAACAGCGAAAAAUCUGCAAUCAAA